CAUUUGUUGUUAUUGCGCGUGCGCCAGUUGGAAUCUUGCUCUCGCUCCCAAUUGGAUACACACUAACGGAAUUUUCAGCAACGCACACGGCGUCUAUUUUGUAAAGCAAAAUGUUUAUGUAAAAUUAAAUCAAUCAAAGUUAAUUAAAAUCAAAAUGGAGCUAAUAUUAAUUUUUUUGGCAACGCUGGCUGUGGUCAGUGGUCAGUACGUAUCUCAUCUGCAGCUGCAAUCGAAUGUGGGGCAACUGUUUAACUAUAAAAUCGAGCCGCAGCUAUUUAAUUGGACACACCAGGUUAUAAGCGAACAGUUUCGCUAUAGACCAUCGUUGCAGCAAUCUCCAGAUCUGCCCAGUUGGAUGCGUUACAUGUAUAGUAAUGAAUAUCAUGCGGGUUUUCUUUACGGCACCCCGCCGGAUGAUGCGGCCGGAACUAUGGUGAAUUUGGAUGUAGUGGCCUUGAAUAGUCAAAACUACGAAACACGGCAGGUGCUUAUCGACUUGUUUGUGUCACACAAGUUUCAGCCGCCAAACAUAGUUCAAAUGAAAAUUGAUAACUUAAACUGGGUGCACUUAAUGGAUCCAGGGCGAGUGGAGAACUUGCGUAAUAUAUUUCGCAAGGAUUUGUGGCCAGAUAGCAAAGAGGAUCUGAGCAUUGUCUUUAUGGAAUCGGCCGUCAAUUUAGGUGGCCGCUUGCCGUUGCGCCCGCAACAGCGCGAAGGUGUGGUGGUGCAUGUUGGCAGCUUCUCCAAGUUUUCAUCACGUCUCCAGGAGCUGCAGGAGGAAGUCCGUCCAUUGUAUAAACUGUCAUCAUGCACAUAUAAGCGCACAUCAGUGCAGAAGAUAUUUGAAAACGUAGGCUUCAAACUCGACUGGUGCGCGUUCAAGAUGGUUGGUAUCGAAUCACCCACAGAAGUGCUUUAUCAUAAUAACUAUGCCAAUGCGCAUCAAAGUGAACCUCAGCAACCAGAUGAAAACGUUCAUAGUGACCGCUGGGUUUCCGUUUCUCGUGACGAUGUGCCUAAUCGCAAUUACAUUGACGAGUUUGCCUUUGCCUUUGCCAUACCCGGCGUAAUCUUAGCCGUGCUUGUGGGCAUGUUGUCGGCUAUACUCUGUUUUAAGCAUCGCAAGUUUUAUGAUCCACAAUCCGAGUUUUUCUUUGCCAACAUUUUUCACAUGUGCGAAGAGCAGCUUUCUCGCAGUGUUUCUGAUGAGGAAUCGGAAAGCUCCCUUAGUACUGACGAUCCCAUGUCAUCCCCUAUUGAAAUGAUUAAGUGCUUAGACACUACGCCGCUGCAUCCCAUGUCAACAUUGAAGUGUCUCAAGGAUCCCGAUUUUCUCUUGGACGAUUGUAGCCUGCGCUCGCUGAGCCCAAUCAAUAGUUUGUAUCAAUUGGACUUUGACUUUGACUUGGAUUGCGGACAUUAUACGCGCCCUCUUCCGCCACCUUACCAAUGCGCCACCAUGGGUUGCAGCGAUCCGGAUAUAUGACAUUCAUCUCCUAGGGUGCUCUACUGCUAAAUGAAAGAAAUAUACAGCUUAUAUCGUCACUGCAGAUUAUCCAUAUAUCACAACAUAAUCACAUAAAAAUACUCAUGCAAUUACGUAUAUCAAUAAUAUCCUUCUGCCUGUUAUAUGCAUAUUAUUAGUUG